CCAGAAACGAGUCUCGGUGUGUGCGGUUCUUUAUUCGGACAGUUAUUAAGGUUAGAAAGGAACCUCUGCUUUUAAAGAUACUUCCAAAAUUAGCCAUAAUCACCUGCAAAACAGUACUCAUUUUGGGGAUAUACUGUAUAAGCCUUGCUGCUUAUUAUAUCCUCUUCUGCCAGAGACAUUCAUUACAAGUCUUCCUCAGAGAUGUUCUGUUUCCUUUUCCUCCAUUACUUUUCCAUUUUCUUUGGAUGAUUCCAUUGGUUUCCAAGAUUAUAGCACAGCAUCGCCGAGCUGUAGGUUGCAGCUUUAGCCAAAAGAGACCAUCCACGUAGUGAACUCCUCUCAUGUUUCAAGAUGCAAGCAAAGAUGAAGCUCAGUGUGUAUCUACAGUAAUGGAAGACUUUGUACAGCAUUGGAAGAUUUGUAGAAGUUCAGCAGUUACAGAGUUCAGCAGAGUAUUGAGAUUUUCAGUAGCCACCGGGACAUGAAGAGGUGCACAACAGUGAUGCAGCUCCAUGUUGAGAAGAUUCCACUUUGAUUUCUGCAGUCAUAGAGGUGAAAUUCUUCUAUCAUGAGAUGAAGGUCCAAAACAGGCAAGAUUCGCUUUGACGUAACUCACUGCAUAGGAUGAAGCUCUAACAAACAAACAAAAAAAAUUCAAGGAACAGUCGGACUUGAAGCUGACCUUUAAAGUGGUGAAGAUUUUAUUGUGGUGUGGAUAAUAAGCCUGCCAAUAUGAGAAGGAAAGAGUAUUCGUCAAUCUCAGAAUCUAGUAAUGGACAUAAGAUGCACUCUGAACUUAAGAACUCCCCAAAUCGUGGGCAGUCCAAACAAACACCUAAUGUUAAAUGCUCAGUUUGUACCAUUUGUCGCAGAGGGCCCUUCAGGUCAUUGAGGAUACAUAUGCGUCACUGUACUGGUGCACCAAUGAAAUAUCAGUGUUCACUCUGUGAAAACCACUUUGUAAGUGAAGCUGCUCUUCAGGAACACUAUAUGCCUUUAUACGCCUGUCACGUCUGUGGUCAGAUUUUUCCUCAAGAAAUAUUAUACCGUCACCACUCGUGUCCAAAGGACAGCCGCUCUCCAUAUGUGAUCUACUGUUCAGAUUAUAGGCCUAAAGCGUGCAACAUAUGUAAAUCUUUUUUCACAUCUCAAAAGGCUUUGCUCAACCAUGUCACCAAAGUUCACACAUCAGUGGUCAGCACUAAAAUAUGCAUUGUUACCAAUACAUCAGCAUUGAAAAGUAAAACUUUUUUACCUGUCGACACAGCUCAGUCCGAGGUCACUCAUUCGUCCCUGACUCCUCUGUCAAUAUCUAAUCCCAGCUCCUCCCCCUCCGACAUACAUCUUGACACGUCCUCCAUGUUGACAGCUGAUUUAUCUGGGGUGAAACCAGACAACCAGCCCCAAAACCAUGCUGCUACGCCUGCAAUUGCCCCCUCCACUGCUAAUGAAUCUAUGGACCCUGCUCCCCCACCAGAUCUUUCUAUUGUGGCUAUCUUUAAAAAUAAAAGCGAUGAUGUGGCUUUCAUGAAACGCAUGAACACAGGCUGGCGUGCUAAGAUCCCAUACUCCUGCAGGCACUGCGGUGCCAUCUCACGCCAGCUUUCCUUCAUUAUCAGCCACCGUUACCUGCACCGAGGCAGUGGAGCUCACCGCUGCCAUUGUGGUCGAACUUUCAAGCACAGGCUGCACCUGCUACGACAUUGUCUCCUGCACGCGGAGGCAUUGAGUUACAUCUGUGCAGGCUGUGGGGAAACGUUCUUUGGAGCAAGACUGUUAGCUGAGCACAUGAAUGGGAAAACACAGACUGGGCGAACCACGGAGUGUAAAGUUAAAAAAAAGUGCAGAAUGCCUUUUACGUGUGACUGUGGACAAGUGUUCAUGAGGCCUUCUGCUUUCAUCUGGCAUCAAAUACAAAACUGGACCAGAAGUGGACAUUACAAAAAACGAAUGAAUGGAAGAAUGCCAAACUAUUAUCGUUGAUAAUUCACAGUGUCCUUCACUGUAUCCACCACAGAGAAAAAAAUGGUAAAAAGAAACUGCACACACACACACACAACAAAAACUUUUGGCUCUUUAAUGAUAUGCAUGUUUUGAACGUUAGUUAACAUUUUUGCAAAAUGUUUACAUGAUACAUUGCGAGUGAUUGGUAUAAAGUGCACAGGAAGCACUAAUCCAGUACAAUCGAGUAUUUUUAAUAUUAAACCAUGAAUCCAGUUAAUUCUCCAAAAAUAGUUUGUCCAGUUGUUUAUUUUUCAGUUCAGUUUGUGUGGGUUUCCAUGUUUGCUUAUGUAUACUGUGAUUUUUUUUUCUAUCCUUGACUAUUUUUUUCUUAGGUUUGUAUUUUAUAUUUGCUCUUUUUUUAUUAUGUUCCUUAAAUUCCACUAGAUGGAGCUGUUUUACCGUUUACAAAGCCUGCUCCGAUCGCCGUGAUGACAGGUGUGCAGUGUUUGCAUAUAUUAAUGCUGACAUAAUUUUAGUCGAGUUAUUAUUAUAUUAUUACAUUGGUUUUGACAUCUUUUUGAUCAUCAGUGAAGUGCUAAAGGUACUUAAUACACGUUUGUUCUGCGGGUUGACUAUAAUGAUUUUUAUCAUGUUCUUUGUGUGUAUCAGAAAAACCAAAACAUGUUGUUUCCCACUGAAUUAUAUUCAAUUAAACGGUAUACGAAAAA